AACAUACGUCUAUGAGCCACCCAUUUCUUCUAUAAAUACUCAUCUCGUAAGAAAGCAAAUUUACAUAUUGCUUUGUUCUAUAAUUAAACAAAACUCAUAAGAAGAAGAAAAACGAUGGCUCUCUCUGGUUCGCAAAAGAAGGUUUUCCUACUUGUUAUAGCCAUUGCAUGUCUCUCCUCUUCUCUUGCAGAGGCGUGGAGCUGGAGUUCUAGUGACGGCAACGGCUGGGGAUGGGGAUCUGAUGGCUCUAGCACCUCUACCUCAGGCCCAGGUUCAACUCCUGGUGAUUCAAACUCUGGCGGUUCAAACCCUGGAGGUCCGAAUUCUGGUGGUUUUAGCUCCCCUUGGGGAUCUUGGGGGUGGGGUUGGGGAUCCCACGGCUCUGGGAGCCCGGCCCCAUCCAAUGCUUUAUUUCUUUUAGUGAUAAUAAAGAAGAAGAAUUUGAGUGAUUUUCUAUUCUACUAUAUAAUGUAGAAAGAACUUUUCUACUAGAAAAAUAAAAAUUGCUUUCGUAAUAAAUAUGAGGUGGCAGUUAGAUUGAGUGUAAUAUUUGCAAUACCCAAACUUAUGAAAAAAUAAAAUAAAUAUUUUAGGUAAGACCGAUCGAUUUAAAAAAGUUAGAAUUUGUUAAAGUUUAAGGGAAUAUUUGAUCAUUUGAAAAUUUGGAAGUGAAAUCUGUAAUUUGGGAGAAAUGCAAAGUUUAA